AUGCCCCCACGGUUCAUACAGACCGGCCGACGCGGCGACCCCGUGUUCGACGCCUUCUACGCCAGUACAUACCCCAGCGUCACCGACAUCGCCGCAUACCAAUCCUCGCAAGCGAGUGCCAUCGCCGCGCUGCUCCGCCACAUCGCCACGCCGGCCAUCCUGCUCACCCACUCCCAAGGCUCUCCGGGGGGCUGGCUCGCGGCCGACAUCUGCCCCGAGCUGAUCCGCGCCAUCAUCGCCGUGGAACCCAACGGGCCCCCUUUUGCCGGGGUACACCCCCACAACGGCGCGGCCGCGCGGGCGUGGGGCCUGACGGACAUUCCGAUCGCGUAUUCCCCGCCCGUGACGGAUGUCGGUGAGUUGGACCUGGUGACGAUCCCGUCGACAGAGCCCGGGCGAGACGACACGGUACUGCAGCGGCAGGACGCGGACUCCUCUGCGCCGCGAAAUGGCAGCGUCGUGCUGCGCAAAUUGAAAAACCUACAACACAUCCCCGUCCUGGUCGAGGUCGGCGAGGCCAGUUACCACGCCCCCUACGACCACGCCACCGUCGCGUACCUCCGCCAGGCCGGGGUGGAGUGCGACUUCAUCAGGCUCGAGGACCGGGGGAUCUUGGGCAACGGACACAUGCAGAUGCUGGAGCUGAAUAAUCUCGAAAUUGCGGCCGUGUUGGAGAAUUGGAUUAGGACGAAGGUGGAGGGGGAGGGAGAGGUAGAGAGGGAAGGGGAGUAA